GCCCAUCUCUGAAUCUUGUCAUCCCUUUCUGAGACUACUUCAAUUUCCAACUCAUACUCGGCCUCUGCCACAGAAUUCACAACAGUCAAGCCAAAAAAGAACAGUAUGACGCAGCACGAUUCGCCCCCAGUAGCAUCCCUCGAGUCUGGUGGACCUGCUAUAGCGCCAGAAGUGGAAGAGCCGCCGCAUGAGUUUGUCUAUGAAGUCGUACAGGGGUUCUUCAUCCAAAAUGGACCCGAACCCAAGCACAUUGAAUUUGAAGAUCUCCUGGGAAAGAGUUUCGGGCUGAUAGAUGAGUGCCCCGAUAGGUGGCAUAACCUCAAAGCAUCUGUCGAGGCGCUGCAGAACAAAGCGCCUGCAGGAGUAAUCUACAAAGUACUGUUCCUUGGCAGACACGGGCAAGGCUUCCAUAACGUCGCCGAAUCCAAAUACGGCACCGAAGCCUGGGAAGCCAAAUGGGCCCUCCUCAACGGCGAUGGUGAACUCACCUGGGGUCCCGACCCUUUCCUCACUCCCUUGGGCGUAUCUCAAGCCCAGGCUGUCAAUGACACGUGGCGAAAAGAAGCGCCUUUGGGGGCGCCGGUCAAGAGUGGGGAAAUGAGGUGGUACUGUUCGCCGAUGACUAGGACGGGAGAGACUAUGGAGACGAGCUGGAAGGGUGUGGUGGAGGAGGGUGAGAGGAUUGAGGUCUGGGAGGAUUUUAGGGAGAUCUAUGGAGUGCAUACUUGUGAUAAGAGGUCUACCAAGAGCAUCAUCAAGGAGCGCUUCCCUGCCUUCACUAUCGAAGACGGUCUUGCAGAGGAAGACGAACUUUGGAAACCUGACGACCGCGAAACGGAUGAGCACAUGCAGUUCAGAGCUCGACGAGCCAUGGACAGACUCUUUGGCAGACGUGGUGCUGGAAAGACCUGUAAGCCGCCCUCUCUCGCCUGCUUCGACCUUCGAUCCACUUGCUGAUAAGACGUGCAGACAUUUCCAUCACAGGCCACUCUGCAAUCUUCCGCAACCUGCUUGCUGUACUCAACCAUCAGCCGUAUCCACUCGCAACCGGAGAGAUGAUCCCUGUCGUUGUAAAGGCCACACACACGUCUAUAGAGAGGCCGAAGGCUUGAUCCCGAACGUCCCGUACUGUUGUAGAUUUCUGUCUCCCAUGCAUAUCUAUGGUUCAUGAAUAGCUUUCGACAUGUGCGCUACUCAC